AUGUCAGGACUUCACGAAGUACAAACUGGGUCCGGCCGACUUGCCGGCAAGGUAGCCAUCGUUACAGGCGCCGCCUCAGGCUUCGGUCUAGCAUGCACGAAGAAAUUCGUCCAAGAGGGCGCCAAAGUCGUGGCUGCUGACAUGAACGGCGAGGGUCUCUCCAAAGCAUACGCCUCCGAAUCACAAUACGACCAACACGUGCAUACCCUCACGGCCAAUGUGACCGUGCAAGGAGACUGGGAAAAGAUGGUAGAAGCCGCCGAGACCAAAUUCGGUGGCCUGGACAUCGUCAUCAAUAACGCCGGCACAAGUUACAAGAACAAACCCACCUUGGAAGUCACAGAGGCCGAGUUCGACAAGGUUUUCGCUGUCAAUGUCAAGAGCAUCUAUCUGAGCAUAGCGCCCACCGUUGCAGCGUUGAAGAAGAGAGGAGGCGGUGCUAUCAUCAACGUCGCUAGUAUUGGAGCCAUGAGACCUCGCCCCGGCUUGGUCUGGUACAAUGCUUCCAAGGGCGCUGUUGCAAAUGCAACGAAAGGUCUCGCCGCCGAGUUCGGCAAGGACCAGAUCCGCGUGAAUGCCUUGUGCCCUUUGCUGUCUGGAACGGGUCUCUUCGAGCAGUUUGUCGGCGUGCCAUAUAGCGAGGAGAACGUGAAUAAGUUCUUGUUCAACGUGCCGUUGGGCAGAUUGACGGAUCCGAGCGAUGUGGCUAACAUUGCCGCGUUCCUCGGCAGUGACGAGGGCAAAUUCAUCACUGGUGUGAACCUCGAAGUCGACGGUGGAAGAGCAGUGGGUGCAUGA